AUGGCUAAUUCCGGAGCCAGUGCACUGCAAAGCUCACGAUCAAUCAGCAAGGGUUUCGAUGUUCCCCCCCGCGACAAAAUGCUAGACAACCUGAUCGAAGACCUCUUUUUCAAAGGUGCGGAAGGACAGAAACUUAACCAAAUCUACCUUAAAAAGGUCGGCUCUGUGUACACGAAUAUCCUAAGGUACCUGGGAACGCAAACAGAUAGCCCUGACAACAGGGAUGCGGUUAUUUUCUGUGAUGGAUCUCGCUUCAAGAGAGAAUCACCACACAGCAGAUGGGCAACUGAUAUGACAAAUGGAAGGAAGCUGAGAUGGAGAGAGAGACAGUGUGAAAAAGGCAGUGAGAAGAUCGCUGCCGCCGUCACCUGGCUCGGUACAGCCGACGAUGACACUCGCAGAUGGCCCGCUCAAAUUCAGCUUUGCGACUGGUUUGUGGAGUUUCUCAAGCAACACGAGAUGAUCAUAGGGGAAGAUAUACGUUUGAAAACUAAGAUCGGUCGCAAAGUCAUCCGUAAGGCUAGUCAAGGCAAGUGGCUUUUCAAUCAAAUAGACGUCUAUAACGUACUCGAUAAGGUACUUCUGCAUGAACUAACACACACCUGGAUGGGGGGCGAGCUUGAUGAUGUCAAGGUUAAAAAGUUUGGAAUUAUUCCUCGUCCUGCCUAUGGCUGGGCCAGAUGCAAAGAAUUGGCCAAAACAGGCUCCCUAGUGGACAAUUAUUUUGAGGACGCGCCCGACAACAACGCUGAAACGGUCGCUCUGUUUGCAAGCGGUGAGUAA